AUGGCGCCAGUUAAAUUAAGCACGGUCGAUAACGACCUCAAGGACAUCAUCCAACAACUCUUCGAAAUCCAAUCCGCCGUCCACGGCUACCUCGGCCAGGAGACGCAGCAGGAACUCGUCCGGAAGAUAAAAACACUCACUCUCGCCCUCUCCACAUUGUCGUCGCACACCCAAGACCAGCAACCUCCAUCUACCGAUCAGCAGUCGCAACAACAACCCCAACAAGGAAACGCAGAUCCACCCCUCAGCAGUAUCCAGUUACCCCCCGAGAUAAUCGACUACGUCGACACAGCGCGCAACCCGGAUAUCUACACGCGCGAAUUCGUCGAGUUGGUACAGCGCGGCAAUCAGGAUCUCAAGGGGAAGAAAGAGGCGUUUGCGAGUUUCCGGGAUGUGUUGGCUAGGGAGAUGAGGAGUGCUAUGCCGGAGUGUCGGGGGGAGGUUGAGAGGGUUAUGAAGGAGACAGGGUAG